AAAAGGAGGGAGUGAGAGGAAGAAAUGAUUGAAAUGAGAAUGACACAAAGAGUCAGUCCUAGGUGAAGGAAGGAUGAAAGGAAGAAACAUAAGGGUAACAGAGCACUGGAACAGGCUGCCCAGGGAGGUGUUGGAGUCUCCUUCUCUGGAGACAUUCAAAACCCGCCUGGACACAUUCCUGUGUAGCCUCAUCUAGGUGUUCCUGCUCUGGCAGGGGGAUUGGACUAGAUGAUCUCUUGAGGUCUCUUCCAAUCCCUAACAUUCUGUGAUUACAAAGUGCAAGUUGGUAGUAAAACACAAUCCAAAAGAGAUGCAUUCUGGGUGAGGGUUUGAAAAGAAAGGCUAAGGAUAAGGCGUAUAAGGCCAGUUGAACUGAACAGCUAUAUCGAGGUGAAAAGAAAAUGGUUAAUAGGCGGAAUGCAAGGACCAAAGAUAAACUUGUGUAUGUGGAUAAUGGUAGUCUACUUAAACUAUACCUUGCUGCUUUUUUUGAUUACUGAAGACCCAUGUCAUAAAUAAUUACAGUAAUGAAAAACAUACAGUUUGAAUUACUCCUGUCAAGCUGAAUAUUUAAAAUAAUUUCAAAAAAAAUGAGGAGAAAAAAUAAUCCUGUAGGCCCUUGCUGACACAAGUAUUGCUCUGCAGCUGUUUCCUUACAGCAGGAGUAGGAGUAGUUACAUUUAUACAGUCCUAAAAUUACAUUAAUUCCUUUGAAGGCAACUGUGAGGCUGAUGUGGCCACCGGGGAAAAGGAAUUUGACAGCCCUGCCUUAGAGAAAGGAAACAUAAAAGGGUGUGAAGACCUUACCCAAAAAAAAAAAAAAGAGAAAAAGAGACUUGGGAUCCUACCAUAAUCAUCCAUUGAGACUGGAUCGGGUGGGUUCAGAAAACGAAAGCAUGACAAUUUUCCACAUGGUCAAAGAAGAGAGGAAAAAGAGAAUGUUAAUCCAUCUUCAGCUUUGAUGAUGUCUUUUAAAUCGUUUCAGCUGGAGCUGGACACCAGGCAUGAUAAAUAUGAACGACUUGUGAAGCUCAGUCGUGAUAUCACUAUCGAAAGCAAAAGGACAAUAUUUCUGCUCCACAGGUUUAUCAGUGCUCCCAAUGGGGAAGAAAUACUAAAUGAAUCUGAAGUCAAGUUAGAUGCUGUCCGACGGAAGAUUAAGCAAGUUGCACAAGAACUGAUUGGAGAAGACAUGUAUCAGUUCCACAGGGCUAUAUCUCCAGGGCUUCAAGAGUAUGUUGAGGCAGUCUCAUUUCAGUAUUUUAUCAAAACACGAUCUUUGAUUAGUGUUGAAGAGAUCAACAAACAACUAAUAUUUACAGCAGAAGACAGAGAAGAAACAACAAACAUGACCUCCAAUUCCCACGAUAAACAACCACACACUUGCAGCCUGAAGGUGACGCCCGUAGAUUACCUGCUGGGAGUGGCUGAUCUGACUGGAGAGCUGAUGCGGCUGUGCAUCAGCAGUGUUGGAAAUGGUGACAUAGACACGCCUUUUGAACUGAGCCAGUUCUUACGUCAGAUUUAUGAUGGUUUUACUUUCAUUGGCAACACUGGACCUUACGAAGUAUCUAAGAAGCUGUAUACCUUGAAACAGAGUCUGGCAAAAGUAGAGAAUGCCUGCUACACGUUAAAAGUACGGGGAUCUGAAAUCCCAAAGCACAUGCUGGCUGAUGUAUUCUCUACCAAAACUGAAUUGAUUGACCAAGAAGAGGGUCUUUCUUGAGAAGACUGUUGCAACUCAGAAGGGAAGAGGACUUAGAGAAAGCGUUUUGUUAUGGUUUGUGGGGUUUUGACCCUUCUCAAAGCUUUUUAGGUAGAGACAUUUUUAGUUUUAUCUAUGAGAAGGUUGUUUGCAGCGGUAAUUUGUAACCAAAAAUACUUUUUAUGAUGUGCAAGAGAACAAAUGUUUGACUGUGUCCCCUUGCUAUGGAGUUUCCUGUAUUGCUCCAUUGUAUCUUCUUUCAGAAUGACCAAAAUUUCCACUUCACUCUAUGCUGGUGACUGUCAGUUGUGUGAGUCACCUCAAACUGUUGUGGUUGCUGUUAUCAGUUUUCAGCAAGCACAGCAGUGGAAAAAAAAAUUGUUAGGUACUGUUAUUUAGCAUUAUCCACAGAUUUCUGCUGCCCCCUGUUUUCUGAGUAUUUGGGUUCUAUACUCAUGUCAUACCUAAAACAAUGCUCCUAUAUAUUUGUAAGUUCAUCCCUUGACUUGAAACUGAAGUGAUCUCAAAGGUGCCAUGCAACUUAAGUUUUGUCUGAUUAAUGCUUUUGUGCAUGAAACUGAAGCUAAGUCAACUUUUCACUACUUGAUAAUGAAGCUAAUUGCACCAGGUGAAUAGUACUGCAGACUCAUUGUUUUGGGGCUCCAUUUAAAUUGAGCUCUGUUCAAGUUAACACUGGGAGUUCGCAGUUUUGACUUGAGCUAGAAAAUACACACACACACAAAAGAACGGUGGAGUGUAUUGGUUUACAUUUUCUGUGAUACACUUUAAUGCAGAAUCUGACAUAUUUCUGUUUGUAGACAAAAGCACAGGACCUACCAAGUAUGUUUAACAUGAAUAAUUUGGUGUUAGGACAAGCAGUUUUUGGCCAAAACAAGUGCAGUGUGGUGUUGGAAGAGUGUUGUCUGUUGUUUGUGCUGCCCUGAGGACCUCCAGUGGGAUUGAACUGGUAUAAGUGAAAAAGGGCUAGCCAAGCUUUGAAUAUCUGUUUGCAGGAACUAUAUCAUAUGCAUGUUCCUAUGGAAAGGAAAUUGCAAACAGAAAAAAGGCAGACAUUCUGACUUCCAUGUUUAUCUUUGAGGUGGGUAUGUCACUAUUGGCAAAAAAUCAGGGCUUUCUGCUGGUGUCUGAAGUUAUGAAACUCUGAUAAUGUACAUUAUGCUAAAGGAAAACAGAUAAAACAACAUGAUCUUUAGACUCCAGGAAGUAGGCCUCCCAACUGCAAUUGAAAAUACUGCAUGUUUUUUAUUUCCACUUCCAUAUGCUGUGAUACUGCCAAUAUUUUUCCCAUGAGCAUGUCCUGAGUAGCUGGGAUUAUCUGAUACAUGGACAGGAAUGGGCAAAUACAGUUCUGUCACAUUUUUCCGUUGUUUCCACAGAAAGCAAUAUGUGGUGGGUUGAAAAAGGAGUGGCUUUUUUCCUAUUGUUUAAUACUGUUUUUUACAAUAAAUUCUGAAAAGCA